AUGCACACCCAGGGGCCGUACUACUUCCUCGCGGUGACCAAUCACUUGGACAUCGUACUCAUCGUUGGGCACGGGAUAUUGAUUUACUUGAUCGUCGCAAAGGGCACCGCCGUCGCAGACCUGGACCUGGUUGACCAAACAACUGAUAUCAGGCACGCUGAUCCUGGAAUCGUGGAUUUGUCACGACCAACUUUCCCACCUACCGGCCCCUAA